CCAACAACAAAACUCUCAAUUAACUUCUCAACUCUUCUCUGUUACACUCUCUACUACUUUUCAAUUUCAAAGUGCUUACCUACCCACUCAGAUUCACUUCUAUUCAUAUUAUAUAUAGUAAUUUGCAUGUUUUGAAGCUGUCAUUACAAGACACAAACAUGAAGAAUGUCUGCAAUGUGGUGCAGGCCAUGAAACCCACCCUGCUAAUGCUGGUGGUGCAAGUAGCAUUUGCCGGUGUUAAUAUCUUCUACAAGCUUGCCGUCAACGACGGCAUGAACUUGAAGGUCAUUGUUGCUUACCGUUUUCUAUUUGCCACCAUUUUCAUUGCCCCAGUUGCUAUCAUUCUUGAAAGGAAGAAGAGGACAAAGAUGAAUUGGACCAUACUGUUUCAGUCAUUUCUUUGCGGCUUAUUUGGGGGAUCUUUAGCUCAGAAUUUCUACUUGCAAGCUCUGUCCUUAACAUCUGCAACAUUUGCAUCUGCAAUGGCUAAUCUUGUACCAGGCAUAACCUUUAUCAUGGCCGUUUGCUUUGGUUUGGAAAGAUUGAAUUUGAGAACAUCAGGAAAGGCAAAAAUAAUGGGUACAUUAAUUGGAAUUGGUGGAGCAAUGGUUCUUACAUUCGUUAAAGGUAAAGAUAUUGAGAUAGGAACAUUUCACUUUAACCUUUUGCCUGAGAAGGGUGGACAGCCACCGGUGAAGGCUACCGCCGGCGGUGCCAAGACCGUCAUGGGUGCUUUGUGCGCUCUGGCUAGUGGAGUCAGUUAUGCGUUCUGGCUCAUCAUUCAGGCGAAAAUGAGUGAAAGAUACCCUCAUCCCUACUCCAGCACAGCGUUGAUGUCACUGUGGGGAGCAUUAGUGUCCAUCAUGUUUGCACUUUUCGUUGAGAGGGACUGGAACCAGUGGAGGUUGGGUUGGAAUAUUAGGCUUUGGACUGCAGCAUAUGCGGGUAUUGUGGUUUCUGGGAUUAUGGUGGUUGUGAUUUCAUGGUGCAUCCGCAUGAGAGGCCCGUUAUUUGCCUCUGUUUUUAACCCUCUGAUGCUUGUGAUAGUGGCCUUGGCUGGUUCUACCAUGUUGAAGGAGAAGCUACACCUUGGAUGCAUUAUUGGAGCAGUGCUGAUUGUGUGUGGCUUAUACAUGGUUUUAUGGGGUAAAAGUAAAGAGAUGAAGAAAAAUAAUCAAUUGGUGCCACCACAUAAUACCCAUGAGGAUGAGUUUGAUAGGGUGGAAGUAAUAGUUAGGGAUGAAGUAGAAGAUAAAAGCAACCAAAAGGAAAGAGAUAAAAAUGGUGAAAAAGUAAGUGGGGAUUACCACGAAGAUCGAAAGCUAGAGCUGAAUUCACAGAGUAACCAGCUUCAGGUAGGGUUCUACUCCAACACUUGUCCUCAGGUAGAUUCCAUUGUCCGUGAUGUUGUUAGAGAAGCUGCUCUCUCUGAUACCAACAUGGCUGCUGUUUUGCUCAGACUUCAUUUUCAUGACUGCUUUGUUGAGGGUUGUGAUGGUUCAAUUCUGAUUGAGAAUGGUCCAGAAUCAGAGAGACACGCAUUUGGACAUCAAGGAGUUAGAGGGUUUGAUGUGAUAGAAAAAGCCAAGGCAGAAUUGGAAGGGUCUUGUCCUGGUGUGGUUUCUUGUGCAGACAUAGUGGCAUUGGCAGCUAGAGAGGCUAUUGUCUUGGCGAAUGGACCAACAUAUGAUGUUCCAACAGGGAGGAGAGAUGGGUUGGUUUCAAAUGUUUCUCUUGCAGAUGACAUGCCAGAUGUUAGUGAUUCAAUUGAUCUACUCAAGACCAAGUUUCUGAACAAGGGUCUCUCAGUGAAAGACCUUGUUCUUCUCAGUGGUGCACAUACAAUUGGAACCACAGCAUGCUUCUUUAUGACUAAAAGAUUGUAUAACUUUUUUCCAAGUGGUGGAGGAUCAGACCCAUCAAUUAGUCCAAAUUUUCUCCCACANUUGCANGCAAAGUGCCCUCAGAAUGGAGAUGUUAAUGUUAGGCUAGCCAUUGACGAGGGGAGUGAACAGAAUUUUGACGUACAUAUUCUGAAGAACAUAAAGGAAGGUUUUGCUGUGUUAGAAUCUGAUGCCAGACUNAAUGAUGACAUAGCCACCAAGAAUGUCCUUGACUCUUACUUUUCUCCCUUUGGUCCAAUGUUUGAGCCUUCUUUUGAAGCUGAUUUUGUCGAUUCAUUCGUGAGGAUGGGCCAAAUUGAUGUCAAGACAGGUUUCCUUGGAGAAAUCAGGACAGUGUGUUCACAAUUCAAUUGAAGUAAAUAAGCAACCGAUAAUGAAUUGAUUUAUGGCUUCUGGUUUUGUUAUUUUUUAGGUGGAAAGCUUCCUCUGCUUUAUAUUCUAAAUUUAUAUAUGUUCUUAUUGUUUGUGUUUUCAACUUCUCAAUGGGAAUUUCAUUUGUGUAAAGGAUCACAUCUCUAGCUUGUUUGGUUUGGGCAAAUU